CCAGAUCGAGGAGCAAUUUUGGAGGGUACCACAGUCCACAUCCUGGGAAAAGUUGGACCGAUACAGACAAACGGCAUUGAGUCCAGAAGACAAGCAGUGAUCCUUAUUCUCUACCCUGGUGAGCUUUGAGGCUUUUGAUAAUGGGACUGUCCAAGGGGCUUUUACCACACAAGUCCUCAACGUCUUUGUGGUCAGCCUGAGAUGAUCUCCCCAAUCAAGCUGGACAAUCCAUGGAAGGAGCACAGGUCCUUUAUGGUAUCACUGAAGUGGCACAUGUUUGUACCGGACGGGAUUUUGGAAAUGAGGUACCCUAAAAACUGAACCGCACCUCUGGAGUGUUUGAGAAGAUCUUCGUUCACCUGAACAAUGUCAAGCAAAAGAUCCGCACCGAGUCCAUGGUCUCAAGAUAUAACAGUCUGGCGCUGACCGAGUAGCGCAGUACGGAGCCGAGGAGACCGUAGACCCGUCUGGGACAGGACGAGGUGGUCCGGGGGACAGGACACGGGACGUCUGCCGAGCCAUCGCUAAGGUGAGUGCAGCUUCAGUCCGGAUAGAUCCCCAAAGCUCUGGCAGUGAUGCUGUGUCGUAGCCGGCCUUUCUGUCUGUGCCCCUCGGUCUCCCAAGAGGCCCAUGUGACCUAGCCUACACCCACACAUAGGGGCCCUCACUGCCUCUGGAGCCCACCCAUGAAUCCUAUCCCCGACCGCGGCAAAGAAUGCCUCCCCCCUAAGAAGAGGGAGUCCCGGCAAGGGUCGUUUGAACACCAUCUUCCUCCACCGGGAGAAUUUAAGCCCCCUGUGCCACUCCGGAGUUGGUCUAACGCAGGGCGAGGGGAGGGCAACAGGGAGGUCGGCGCCAGGCAGCGAGCUCUGACUACCCUGAGCCCCCAUCUACUCCACACACCUCCGCCCCUGCCGACUCCAAGCCCCCUAACCCUGCCAUGGCCUCUGAGCUACCCCUCAUCUGUGUCACUUCCUCUCUUUCAAGGGCAUGUUAUGGAGAGGAGAGGCUCUGGGUCGCCACUUCCUCACCACUCCAGGUGGCUUCGAGCAGAAGGGCCCCACUCGUCCCCGUCCUCCGCUUCCUCCUUUAAAACUCCUUUUCCAGCUGAUUCUCGAGAAAUGUGGUCCUACGUUAACAACGACCGAAGAGAUUACAGCUCCUCACUCUUCUCCCCAUCGUACUUGUUUGGUCAUACCUCUCUCUACCCUCAAGAGCCAAGUUUAGUUAAAACCAGGAGCAGAUACUUAGGGAAGAGGCCCAAUGGAUUGGAUGGGCAGGGCAGCAGAACUGCCACUACCUCUGGGCCUUUCCUCACAGGAGAUUAUGGACACGAUUGCAGCAGAAUUACUUUGGAUACAAGUCCACAAAGCUCCCAGACUAAUGGUGGACAAAGACAGCAGGAAGAUCUGACACCUGAAGCCCAAUCCGUGGGUUUGUUUUCCUUGGACUCUAAAGCUCAGGAGGGCCAUGAACCACAUUUCUCACUGCAGGACAAACAUCAGCAAGGAAUAGUGACCAGCCAUCAUGCUGUGGGACCAGACCCGUGGGUGUGUAGAGGAGGCUACCUGGAUGCUGCGGGCGCCCCAGGAACUGAAGCCCACAUCUAUUACUCCUUGGGAUCCGUUUUCCAGCCAAGCCCUCAGGCUCCCCAUUCCUACCCGCCCUACAGUCCCUCAGGAAUACCACUGUACAACCUGCAAGUAAAGCCAGACCCAAAGACGCACAAUCCAAGAAACUUACCCCACUUGUCCGAGGGUCUGCUGAACAGCCAUGACUGGUCCCAAAGAGACCAUGACAGAGACCAAAACAAAGACCAAGAAAAGAGCAAGGAGCGAGGUAAAGAAAAGGAGAAGCACCUGAAACAUAACAGGGAUCAUGUUCACGCCUCUACCCCUGCUCUUCACUGGUCUCCCCCUGCGCUCCUACCUCACUUCACAAAGGGUUCGCUAAUUGAGCUGGCCAGUGGGCAGUUGAAACAGGUGGAGGAGCUGCGGACUGAAGACUUUCUAAGGAGCGCUGAUACGUCCCCAGAGCUCCACCUGAGCACCUGCACUGUGCUGCUCAUUUCCCCCAGCAGUGCGCAGGGCAUCAGUCACCUGCAGGUCCAUCUCAAAGAACGCAACACUCAGGAGUUACUGAAAGUCUUGGUGGAGUAUCCAUUUUUUGUGCAGGACCACGGCUGGUCCUCUUGUUGCCCCCAGAGAACCGCAGAGCUCUAUGGCCUUUCCUGUCGUCAGCUCACAGAGGGAGAUGUUUGCCUUGCUCUCACCCCGACACCCAAGCAACUCCACCGGACACAUUCGUCCAGAGUCCCACGCGCACACCCCCUGACCAGGGCUGCAGUGGGAGGACCUUGCAGUUGGCACAGGGAGAAGAUGCCGCCUCCUCCCCCUCCACCCCCUUUAACCCUACACCUGCCCACUAUAGGGCCAAAGAAUGCUCGGGCUGCAGAACCCCAGACUCAGGAGCCCACGCGCCCUCGGAAACGGCGCUGGUCAGCACCUGACGUUCUUCCCUCGACAGGAACCGACAAACGCCUCAUGGAUUUACCUCAAGGCUCCAAGCUGAUGAAGUGGCAGUAGAAACUUGCAGACGUGUGUACGCUCCACGGUUCUGUGGGGCCCACUACGGUCGCAGGGUUGCAAUAGAACAAAAAUCAAAAAUUACGGGUGUUCACUUUGCUGGCCUAGGGCCUAAACUUGUCUACUUGUUGCACCUCUUUCCUUUUCUUUGCUUUCCUUUCCUUUCAUUUCCUCUUUCUUAAUCUUUUUUGCUUUCACUUCCUUCCCUUUUUCCUUUUUCUUUGCUUUCUUUUUUUUUUGCCUUUCCUUUCCCUUCGAUUUGCUUUCCUCUUUCCCUUACCUUUCCUGUCCUGAGCAGUGAAGGGCUGGAAUUAGUAUGACAAUCAAGCACUGGUGCGUGUUCACUGUCUUUAUGUAACACACACACACACACACAUACACACAAACACACACACACACACACACACACACACACACACACAUUCUUGUAUUUGUUACCUUCUUGAGACCUCUGAAAAAUACCUCCCUCUUUAGGACCACCUUUUCUAGAUAUAUAAAGAUUUGUAUUCACAACAAUAUGUCUUUAUUUACAUAUUUAUUUUAUUUGUUUUUAAUCAAUUUUGGCCAAAGUGGGUGCAAUUCAAUUCCUUACACACACUUGUUAUUUCAUAUGUUGUCCAGAGGGGAAGCACUUCAAAUUUGUACACACACUUGUUAUUUCAUAUGUUGACCAGAGGGGGAGCACUUUUAAAAGCGACACACAGUCAAUUUGAAAAAUCCCUCCUUUUUGGGGGCACCCUCAUUUUGAUAGAUUUCACCACCAGGGGGUGUAAAUGAUAUCUCUAUUUUUUGUUUUUUGUAAUGUGCUUAAGGCAAAUGACAAACAAGUCACGGACCACAGAUGUGCCGGACUUUUGGCAACCCACCUGUAGAAGCUAACUGUUAAUGGCCACCAUAGUCUUAGUACCGUAGUGCAUUUCUUCAUCCUAUGGUCUCAUAUGGGAGGCGGGUUGUCUUGCGACAGUACCGUAAGUCAUAAAAUCAGCUGUUCACCUGGCUGUUUUUUUCGGGGAUGAAUAGGGAGGUCCGUCUUUAGCUUUCGUCUCGUCUUAUCAUAUAUUGCUGCCUUUGCACCUGUCAAUGUUUACUUUUGUAUGCAAAUUAAAUCACAAAAAAAAUCCUAACUUUGGAGCAAUGUUCACAGACUCUAGUAUUUAUAUAUCGGGACCAUGAAUUAUGUCCUAACUUGUUCACCGGUCCUCAUAUGUUCGGAACUUUUCAUUGUUGACGUCUCAAGAAGGGUAGAAAUACAAGAACACACACACACACACACAAAUAACACACACACACACACCCGCACGCACACACAUUCUUGUAUUUCUUACAUUCUGGGGACUUCCGAAAAAUGCCUACCUCUUUAGGACCACCCUUCCCAGACAUCGUAGGAGACAAACCUGAACUUAUAAAAAAAAUCUAUUUAAAUGAUAUCACCUCAGAGUUAAGAUACACACAUAUGCAAUGAUUUUCCGUAUUGGGACCAUGAUUCCUGUCCUAACUUGUUCCCCGGUCCUCAUAUGGUCGGAACUGUUCCUUGUUGAUGUCUCAAGAAGGGUAGAAAUACAAGAACACACACACAAACACACACACACACACACACACACACACACACACACACACACACACACAUUCUUGUAUUUCUUACAUUCUGGAGACAUCCGAAAAAUGCUUACCUCUUUAGGACCACCCUUCCCAGACAUCGUAGGAGAUAACCCUGAACUUGGAAAAAAAAUCUAUUUAAAUGAUAUCACCUCAGAUUUGAGAUACACAGAGAUGCACUGGUUUUCCGUAUUGAGACCAUGAUUCCGGUCCUAACUUUUUCACCGGUCCUCAUAUGUUCGGAACUUUUCAUUGUUGACGUCUCAAGAAGGGUAGAAAUACAAGAACACACACACACACACACACACGCACACACACACACACACACGCACACACAUUCUUGUAUUUCUUACAUUCUGGGGACUUCCGAAAAAUGCCUACCUCUUUAGGACCACCCUUCCUAGACAUCGUAGGAGACAACCCUGAACUUGGAAAAAAAUAUAUAUUUAAAUGAUAUCACCUCAGAUUUAAGAUACACAGAGAUGCACUGGUUUUCGGUAUUGGGACCAUGAUUCUGGUCCUAACUUGUCCACCGGUCCUCAUAAGUUCGGAACUUUUCUUUUUGUCUCAAAAAGGGUAGAAAUACAAGAACACACACACGCACACACACACACACACACACACACACACACACACACACACACACACACACACACACACACACACACACACACAUUUUUACCGACAGUGCGUUCUGCAGGGUUUGGAUUUUAAUCAGUCGUAAAAGUAGUCUGAAGAAAAGUGGACUCAAUAUGUUACAUUUGUACAGAGAGUAUGCUAAACAGACGUCAUGCAUUUUGUUGGGUCUUCUUUGUUUCUUGCUUCUGAAUUUCUUGUCAGGCGAGACGAAUGUAAGCGUGCAGGCAGCUCCUCGCCGUUGUUAAUCUCCUCACCUUCAAGGAGCUUUUUGUCCAAGCAUUACUUUCCGAUAUGUUCUUAACAUUAUCUCUGAGAACGGGAGAACACUAAUGAAAAGCGCCCACGCGCACAGACGCGUUCUACGGUGCACUUCCAUAAAAAGCUGAAUGGUGGCGGCGAAGGUGAAGAGUAAUGGUGCUAAUGACACGUUGGAACAGGAAUGCUUUGUGCUUUUGUACUGUACUGUUGUAUUGUUGCGUACUGUAUACGUCUGAAAGCAGGGGACGUGAUGUAAGUAUAUAACUCCGAUACGGGUAAAACUCCUCUGAUUCAGCACUCUUUCACUUUAGUUUUUGGACGAAACGUACAUGUUCAUUAUUCCUUCUUAAUGUCAUAGCUGCAAAAUGUAUUUUUUUUAAAGAUGGUGAAACUGUUAUAUGAUGUUCGCUAGAAAUAAACGGAGAAGAAGAA